AUGUCUGAUGACGAAGAAGAUGCAAGCGUCUACGAUCAAGAUGACGACUCGACGCCUCCAACAUUUUGGCGUGGAAGUGCAAACGCAGUGGAAGCAACGGACCUAGCAGAACCUUUUUCCGUGCGGCAAAACUGCCAAGAGGCCAAAGGCGCGAUCGGCACCAAGUGGGUGUUCAAGAUCAAGCGCAAAGCGGAUGGAUCGGUCGAGAAAUACAAGGCGCGUCUCGUUGCCAAGGGCUUCAAGCAGAAGUACGGCAUCGACUACACAGAGACGUUCUCGCCCGUGGUCAAGUACGUGACACUGCGUAUGGUGAUCGCGAUCACCAAGUAUUUCGACUGGCCACUGGACCAACUCGAUGUGGUGACAGCCUUUCUCUACGGAGUGAUGAAGGAGAAGGUGUACUGCGUGAUACCAGAAGGCGUCGAGAUGGAUGGCGACUUCGACUGUCUCGAGUUGGUGAAGGCGAUCUACGGUCUCAAGCAAGCUUCACGUGUGUGGAACGAGACUUUCGACGAGUUCGUAUGCUCCAUCGGUUUCGAAGCGUCGGCGUUCGACCCAUGUCUCUACAUCAAGGUUGUCGACGGUCACUGUGUGCUCGUGCUGGUCUACGUGGAUGACGUGUUGGUCACCGGCAGCUCGCUCGAGUUGAUUGCGCAGACGAAGGCCGACCUCAAGACGCGUUUCGAGAUGACCGACAGUGGCAAGUGUACUUUUGUACUGGGCAUCGAACUGGUGGACGAAUCGGAUGGCAGCGUGACGAUGUGCCAGCGACGGUAUGUCAACGACAUCCUCAAGCGCUUCGGCAUGGAUGAGUGCAAGGCCACAGCAAGUCCGGUCGACUUGAGCACUCGGCUUGUCGCAAGCAGCGAAGCGGCCAAGAUCGACGUUCCGUUUCGUGAAGCUGUGGGAGCUUUGAUGCACUUGACGACUGCGACGCGCCCGGACAUUGCGUAUGCUGUGGGGUACGUCUCGCGCUUCAUGGAGAAUCCGCAGCAAGAACAUUGGACGGCGGUGAAGCGCAUCUUUCGUUACUUGCAAGGGACCAAGUCGCACGGACUCCGCUUCCAGCCAAGCGACAAGAUCGACUUUCGUGGCUACUCGGACGCGGACUGGGCCGGCGACCACGCUGAUCGCAAGUCGACUUCGGGUUACACUUUCAUGCUGAUGGGUGCUCCUGUGAGUUGGGGAAGCAAGAAGCAGUCAAGUGUGUCGCUGUCGACGAGUGAAGCGGAAUACAUCGCACUGAGUCUGGCCAUCCAGGAAGGCAAGUGGGUGCAUCGCCUGCUAUGCGAGAUUUUGGCGGCCGCAAACGAACCAGGACCGGACCUCGUCAUCCGUGAAGACAACCAGUCGUGCAUCAAGAUGACGAAGAAUCCGGUGAAUCAUGGCCGCGCCAAGCACAUCGACAUCAAGUACCAUCACAUCCGUGAUGAGGUCAAGCGCGGUGAAGUGCAGCUCGAGUAUUGCGAGACUUCCGUGAUGAUGGCGGACAUCAUGACCAAGGGACUUUCGGGACCUCGUCACAAGGACUUGACGACGGCUCUCGGCAUUCGUGCGAGUUCGGAUUGA